CGGACCACCAGUUCUAUAUAUGCGAACUAGUCAUUAAUAGUAGACCAGCGCAGCGACAUCUAACCAGGGAGACGGACAAUUGCGAUCCAUUAAAGCUGUGUGAAAGAAGAAGAAGAAUAAGAAAUUAGUCAUGAGUUUCAACCCUUCUGAUGAUGCAGAACCCCGCCAUGUGGUUCUCUUUCCUUUCAUGUCCAAAGGUCAUACCAUUCCAAUCCUCCACCUAGCCCACCUCCUCCUCUGCCGCCGUCUCGCCGUCACCAUCUUUACAACCCCAGCCAACCGUCCCUUCAUCGCUCAGUUUCUAUCGAACAGCUCUGCCUCCAUUGUCACCCUCCCCUUCCAGGCUCAGAACGUUCCCGGUCAUGAUGAUAUCCCUGCUGGUACCGAGAGCACCGACAAACUUCCCUCAAUGUCCCUCUUCCAUUCAUUUGCACUCUCCACCAGGCUCAUGCAGCCCGACUUCGAACGAGCCCUCGAGACUCUUCCGCGUGUCAGCUUCAUGGUCUCUGAUUGGUUCCUCUGGUGGACUGCAGAGCCUGCCUCCAAGUUCAACAUCCCAAGGUUUAUAUUCAGUGGGAUGUGUUAUUACGCUCCGACUGUUUGCAGAGCUGUAAUGAUAGAGCGGCUUCUAUCUGGACCCCAGUCAGACGAUGAGUUGGUAACUGUGACAACUUUUCCAUGGGUUAAAGUCACUAGAAAUGACUUCGAACGGCAAUUCAGGGCGGAGCCCAGUGGUCUGGAACUUGAGUUCACAAUGAAGAUUAUGCUAUCGGCAACGAAUUGCCAUGGUAUUAUAGUCAACAGCUACUAUGAGCUUGAGCCUGUGUUUGCUGAUUAUUGGAACCUUAACUGUUCACCUAAGUGCUGGUCCGUGGGGCCUCUUUGCCUGGCUGAGCUACCAAAGGCUCAACCGGAACGUCCUCACAAGAAACCCACAUGGGUGCAGUGGCUGGACGAGAAACUUGACCAGGGGAACUCAGUUCUGUACGUGGCCUUCGGGUCUCAGGUGGAGAUUUCGCCUGCACAACUCAAAGAAAUAGAAAUUGGGUUGGAAGAAUCCAAAGUGAAUUUCCUGUGGGUGAUAAGAAAGAUAGAGUCAGAGAUAUUCUCAGAUGGUUUUGAAGAGAGAGUGAAAGAUAGAGGAAUUGUAGUGAGAGACUGGGUUGACCAAAAGGAGAUUUUGAUGCACGAGUGUGUCCAGGGGUUUCUUAGCCACUGUGGGUGGAAUUCUGUUUUAGAGAGCAUAUGUGCUGGGGUGCCAAUCCUUGCUUGGCCCAUGAUGGCAGAGCAACAUCUUAAUGCAAGAAUGGUGACGGAGGAAAUAAAGGUCGGAUUGAGGGUUGUGACCUGUGAUGGGUCAACGAGAGGGUUUGUGAAGAGUGAGGGGUUAGAGAAAACGGCGAGGGAGUUGAUGGAGGGAGAGAUGGGGAAAGGGGUGAGGAAGAAGGUGAAGGAACUUGCAGAAAUGGCCAAGAAGGCUGUGGAGGAAGGUGGAUCUUCCUGGAGGACUUUGGAUUUGCUCAUUGAUGAGAUCACAUGCAUGCAGUAGGAAGGCCAAGACGAGCGCUAGCUGUAUAAUUCAGAAACUGAAGGCUGUCAUUAUUUCAUGUUAUCUAGCUUUUGUUCCUAAUUACGAUUGCUGAUAGAUAUGGAAGUUUUUUUUAUAUCCAUUGAGUGUGUAACCCUUUAAAAGGGUAAUGCCUUCAUCAAGUACUGCUGGAUGAAUAUAUAUAGGAAAAUUCCUCUUAUCA